UUCAUUGACCGCAUGGAUAAGAAAAUGGAGGACGAUGAUGUCGCUAAUGCUCAUCCAUUUCUUAGAUACAUAGAAAAAUAGUGGCAUGAAUCUUGGGAGAUUUUGAUGAGGGGGUUUAAAGGUUUUAGCAGCUGCUCGUGGGCAAUGCAGCAACACCAGGAGUGGGCGGGGCUCCAGUCGUGGAGGUCCCCGGCGGCGCCACCCAAUGAGCGGCGCCGCUGGGGGGAUGCCGGCCCUGAGAUGGUGGCGACUCCCUUAGAUCACGCUGGUUCUUUCUCUCCUCCCCCUCGCAGCCUCGCGGAAUGGGGCGCCUUGAUCCUCGCCACCCCUCGUCCACUCUCCAAAUCCCACUUGACGCACCACGCUUACAAGCUUUGGUGCAGUGGUGCUCUUCCGAUUGGUGUAGCGGUCGCCAUGGAUUCUCCCGCAAGGCCAGAGAAGCCUCAGCUGGUGCAUCCAAGGAGAGUUCCAACAGCCAAAGUUCUGGGGAUAUCUCCCAGCGUUCAUAUGAUCCAUAACUUGGCACACAUCGAGCUCAACGCCGUGGAUCUUGCAUGGGACACUGUGGUGCGCUUCUCGGCGUCGGGUGGCGAGCUCGAUUCGCAGUUUUUCGCGGAUUUUGCUCACGUUGCGGACGACGAGAGCCGGCAUUUCUGCUGGUGCGAGCAGCGAUUGAACGAGCUUGGUUCCAGUUAUGGAGAUGUUCCAGCGCACAAUUUGCUCUGGAAGGAUUGCCAGAAAACUUCUGGAAGCGUGGAUGCUCGUCUCGCAGUUAUUCCAAUGGUCCAGGAAGCUCGGGGUUUGGACGCUGGGCCGAGGCUGGUGGAAAGACUGAAGCAGCUCGGUGAUGAUAGAAGUGCCAAUAUUGUGGAACAAAUCUCCCAGGAAGAGCUUGCGCAUGUCGCUGUUGGUGUCUCGUGGUUCCUGGAUGUCUGCAGGAGACUAGAGUGCGAUCCAGCGGCGAGGUUUAAAGAAUUAAUGACGAGCUUGAACGUGGAGCUGAGAGGUCCAUUCAACCACAAAGCGAGAGAGGCAGCUGGACUUCCUCAAUCUUGGUAUGACACCGCUAUGGAUACAAAACUGGAGCAAAAACAUCUGUCACCUCAGGCCGGGACCAUCUCUUCCUGCCUUCCCGAGGUUUGCUCGAGAUUGGCAAUUGUUGUGUCUUCCGAGAGCGACAAUCUCCGCUAGAAAAGCUCGUUUUAAGAUCCGAUCAGAUCCAAUCCAGCCCAGUCUCGAUCUGGCGGUGGAUUCGCAGAGCCCUCAAAAAUCCCGCGCUGCCGCUGCUGCCGCCGCUAGAAGAAAAUUUUACACCAACUUCAUAAGGGAACGCGGCUACCUUAUCUACCGUGCGAAUAUCCCACUGCAUAUUCAGCCAUUUAAAGCAUCUUUCCAGGACGAACAACAAACUCCGAGAGGGAAAGACAAGAGAGAGAAGAGCUCCACACUCAAGGUCUCAUUUUUUCUCUUGAGUCUUUCGAUUUUCUCUCGAGCAAACGCGGCAAGCAGGAAGAGA